AUGGCUUCCGCAGGCGCCCUCAACCCCGAUAUUGUGUCUGCCAAGGUGAAGACACUGAUGAACAAUCAACUGAAGACAAUAUUGAAAAAGGAAAGCCUUCCAGUCUCAGGCGCCAAAGCUGCUAUGCAAACGCGGAUCAUCAAUAAACUCUACAGCUACGGAAACAAUAACGACAUAGAAGGCUUCAGUCGUCUCCGGAGCCUCGUUAACAACCCGGAUCUAGAUCCAAUCCGCCUAUCCCCCUCGCCGUCUGCUGCUCGCACGUAUCCGAAUAAUUCGGUACCAACACCAAACCAUUACCAGCACUCUUUCAGCAGCUCUAUCAGACCUGGAUCGCACAAUAUGGCACCAAGCAUAAAUGGAACAGGGCCGAGACCUCCCCAAUUCAAAGCCAGUCCUUUCUACUCGAUACUGGAACCUCUGUCGCCAGUAUUAGAUUGUAAAGUUCCAGCCCGAGAGCAGACAAGAGAUACAGUCAAUUUGAUAAUCAAUCUUCGUGCCGACAUUGCGGAGAGACUCAGUGAGGAUGGUUCUACAAGAGCCAUGAUAUACUCUGCUUCAGAACCCAUGUCGCCAUUCUCAAAAGUCGACAUUGAGUUCCCCUAUCAGCUUGAGAUUAAGAUCAAUCAAGAUGAAGUAAAAGCCAAUUUCAGGGGCCUCAAAAACAAGCCGGGGACAACGAGACCUGUGGAUGUCACCACAAUGCUGCGGCCCAAACCAGGUUACGAUAACCACAUGAUAGUUACAUACGCACUCACCAAGAAGAGAUUUCUGAUAGUGGUCAAUCUUGUUAAGCGUCAUCCCGUGGAAGAACUGGUUGCGAAGCUCAAGUCUGGUAAAACAAUAGCGAAAGAGCAAGUCGUACGUGAGAUGAUAAGCAGAUCGGAAGACACGGAAAUCGUAGCAACAUCCUCAAUAAUGUCAUUGAAAUGUCCAUUGUCGACGCUGAGGAUCGAUGUGCCCUGCCGUUCAUCGGUCUGCAGUCACAAUCAGUGUUUCGAUGCCUCGUCUUUCCUUCAACUCCAAGAGCAAGCCCCCACUUGGACCUGCCCUGUCUGUAAUAAAGCCGCUGCUUACGAACAUCUACAAGUCGACCAGUAUGUAGCCGAUAUCUUGAAAUCGACACCGAAGUCGGUCGACCAAGUUACCAUUGAGCCCAAUGGUACAUGGUCCCCAAACUGCAGGGGGCGCCCCGUCACCGAGAACCAGCAACGGACGCACCAGUAG